UCCACCAUUAGCGCGACUGCUUCCUGCCACUGCCGCGCCGCCCUGCUUCAUUCUCUGCCGGAGAUUCAUUUGCAGCUGACAAGUUCAUUCCCACGUCACCAGUCAAUGUUGUUUUAUUGGUUUUGCAGUUUAUAAACCCUUUCCAUUUGUCAAAAUGGUACUUAUUGCUGCUGCAGUGUGUACAAAGGCGGGAAAAGUUAUAUUUUCUCGCCAAUUUGUGGAAAUGACAAAGGCAAGAAUCGAAGGACUGUUGUCAGCUUUUCCUAAGCUUAUGUCUUCUGGCAAGCAGCACACGUUUGUUGAAACAGAAUCAGUGAGAUAUGUGUAUCAACCUCUUGACCGCCUCUACAUGCUUUUGAUCACAACAAAGGCCAGUAACAUUUUGGAAGAUCUGGAGACCCUUCGUCUUUUCUCUCGUGUGAUUCCAGAGUAUUGUCAUAGUAUGGAUGAGGCUGAAAUUUUGGACAAUGCCUUCAAUCUAAUUUUUGCAUUUGAUGAAAUUGUGGCUCUUGGCUACCGAGAAAGUGUUAAUCUGGCACAAAUACGCACGUUUGUUGAAAUGGACUCCCAUGAAGAGAAGGUCUACCAAGCUGUUCGUCAGACUCAAGAACGGGAGGCCAAGAAUAAAAUGCGGGAAAAGGCAAAAGAAUUGCAUCGCCAAAAAAUUGAAAAUGCUAAACGGGGUAUCAAAGGCUCUAACAGUAGCUAUGGAGGAUCUGGAGGCUUUGGUGUGACUAUGUUGGCUGGCUCCAACUUCAAAUCAGGUUCUGAAUCAAUGCGAGAAAGCACUGAAGUCCCUCGCUCUUCUUACACCCCUAUUUCGAAGCCGUCAAAUGCUCCUAAGGCAAUGAAAUUGACUAGCAAAGGUCGUGAUGUGGAUUCAUUUGUAGAAUCAUUGAAAUCAGAGGGAGAAACUGUUGGGGCUGAUGUUGUCAAACCAACUGGUACAACACAAAAAAUUACAACAGCUCAUCCUGACAAUAUUGAUCCGAUUCAUCUAAGACUUGAAGAAAGAAUGGUUGUGGAAGUGGGUAGGGAUGGUGGAGUGCGGAAUUUAGAGGUGCAUGGCUUUGCUACCUUGCGCAUCAGUGAUGAUAAAUUUGGCCGCAUCAGAGUGUGUCUUGAAAAUAAAGACCAGCGUGGCAUCCAAUUACAGACCCAUCCCAAUGUGGACAAAGAACUCUUUAAAUUGAAGUCUCAAAUCGGCUUGAAGAACCCUGCAAAGCCAUUCCCUAUGCACACUGAUGUUGGUGUUUUGAAGUGGAGGUUCCAUUCUACUGAUGAAUCCUCUGUGCCCUUGUCAAUCAAUUGUUGGCCAUCUGAAAACGGGCAAGGAGGGUGUGAUGUCAACAUUGAAUAUGAACUGGAACAUACUCAUUUGGAGCUGAAUGAAGUGUGCAUCACAAUUCCACUUCCCAUGGGAUGCAAUCCUGUGGUGGCAGAAUGUGAUGGUGAAUACAAUUAUGACAGCCGAAAAAAUGUUAUUACCUGGUCCAUGCCAAUCCUGGAUUCUUCCAACAAAUCGGGUUCUAUGGAAUUCGCAGCACCGAACUGCAACCCUGAUGAUUUUUUCCCCCUACAAGUGAACUUUGUUUCUAAGCAGUCCUAUGCUCACUUGAAGAUCACUGAGGUUAUGCAAGUUGAUGAUGAUGUGCCUGCUAAGUAUUCAUCAGAAACUGUGCUGUUUGCUGAAAAAUAUGAAAUUGUUUAGGACCUACUGUAAGGUUUUUUCUCUGUAAAGUGACCUGGAUAAUAUGUAUCUUGUUGUGAAUGUACCGUGAUAAAAGAUGUGAAAAUCAACUGUAACAUGGUGAAAAUACAUGCAACACCAUGAGAAUUAUGUAGGUAAUUUAAUUGAAAUUGUGGUCAGUAUGUGUUUCUAGAAAAACAAAAUGAGAACUGGACAAUGUUUUUAUAAAUUCAGUAUUUUCUUUUGCAUUGAAAUAAUAAUUCUAUGACCUGUUCAGACAUUCUAAUUCUAAAGCUAGAUUCUUUGAAGUUCAUAUUUUUUACUUGAAAUAUAUUCCAAUGAUAAGCAUUUCUAUCUAUGAUCAUUACGAGGUUUAUUCCAUCAAAUCUAGUUGAUAAAGUCUUAAAACCUCGGUUACUUUAUUCUUGGAAAUUAAAAGACGAGAUCUCCUAUUUUCUUGUCUGUGUUUUGGUAUAUCCUCAUUGAGGUAUCUGGCGCGGCUCCAGGGGGUAAUUACCUAGGGCUACCUCGGUACUAGAAGGUGGGCCGAAACCAUCACCUCUUGUUGGCAAUUACUCGUCUCUUAAAGAAAUCCUGGAGCCAUGCCUCUGAGGUAUAUGGGUUCGAGAAGGAAAGAAUGAAAGAGUACAUGUUAUUGGUUUAUAGAUGUUGAAUGAGCACUUGGUUUUCUUAAUUUAUGCAUUAAGUUGUGCAGUUUUCAUCCCCUUAUCUAUGUUUUAUUGUACAAUUGGAAUGUAUGUAUUGUCAAAAUGAAAUUACUACCUUCAUUAGUUACAGGAUCAAGCUUUUAUUUGUAUGUUGGGGAAACUUUUAUGUCUUAUAAGAUAUGCAUUGAUGUCGAGAGAUAUUAAAUGAGAUGACUCCAUUGUUUUUGUAAUAGUUCACUUUGUUAUUUUAAAACUUCCAUGCAAUAUGGCUGAACUGUCUGAAUCAUUGUGUAUGCAGCAAACGCAUGCAACUUGAAGAGAUCUACCCUAUCAUAGAUAUUUAAUAAAAAUUUGAACAUCAACAUCCCUCAUUAUUCUGCUAUGUGGAGAGCAGUUUGUAGAUAGAAGAAAUUAGUUUCGUGCUAUGAGUGUGGAUAUUCAUUUUUGUUUAGUUGUUUUGUUGUACUUUAUCAAUUUUUAACAAAGGCUUUACUUUUGCGGCCAGAUUUCCAAAUAAAAGAAACUACUAUUAUUA